ACCCUUUUUCUUACCUCUCCCAUCGUUGUCUUUCUUCGCCACUGUAAAUUUUUCUCCAAUCCUUUAACAACCAGCACCAAACAUCAAUCAGCCCAAUAAACCCUAAAUUCUUAUUAAUGCCACGAACCCCAAGAAACCCUCCUACUCCUCAUCUCAGCUUCUAACAUGUCUGAUGAACCCAGGGCGAUCUCCUCCUCCCCUGCGGCCGGCGCCGCGGGCUCUCCUGAUGACUCCACCGAAAUCCGCGAAAUUCACGCCCUAACUCCUCCUCAGGCACCAGUAUCACGCGGCCGGAACAGAGACCCCUUCGAUGUCGCCAGCCAUCGCUCCCUCUCCCUCUCCGUCGGCAGCGAGAUGGAGAACUUCACCUCUAUGAGCCGGGAGUUCAACGCCAUGGUAGUCGCGGGCUCCAAUCUUCAAAUCGAUGCUAACGCUGGCGAUGGGGGCAACAACUUGGGUAGAAUUGGGGAGGACGAGCUCCAGGAGACGAACCCCCUCGCCAUAGUGCCCGACACCAAUCCACCUUUCCCUUCCCCUCGCCCCCCGUUUUCCUCAUCUUCCUCGGCGGCCGAUGAGGUCUCAGUGCACCGCGUGAAGAAGGAUGAGGUGAAUGCCAAGAUCUCGGCAUGGCAGGGGGCGGAGGUCGCCAAGAUCAACAACAGGUUCAAGAGAGUGGAUGUCACCAUCAACGGCUGGGAGAGCGAGCAGAUUGAGAGGGCAACCGGUUUGUUCAAGAAGAUUGAGAGGAAGCUGGAGGAGAAGCGGGCAAGGGCGAUGGAGAAGAUGCAGAAUGAUGUUGCGAAGGCUCAUCGCAAGGCAGAGGAUAAGCGGGCCUCAGCCGAGGCGAAGAGGGGGAUGAAGGUGGCUAGAGUGCUUGAAGUUGCGAAUUUGCUGAGAGCGGUGGGGAGGGCGCCUUCAAAGAGAACUUUUUUCUGAAUGGUUUUGAACGGUUUUGCCUUUUCCUUGCAGUUAUCUUUUUAACUCAUCUAUAGUAAACACGAGCUCAAAUUUAUGAUGCUAGCUUGUGUUUUAUGCUCUUUAUAUUAUUAGAAUGAGAAUGUUAGUGGGAUUUAUAGGGAGGAGUGUUAUCUAUAUUUUUGAAUUAUACUAAAUAAAUAGAUAAGGAUUAAUGGUGAGGAGCUUGUAAUUAUGGUUGCCUGCUUGAUUAGUUAUAGUUGUUGUAAACUAAGAACAAAAGAUUUGGGUGAUUGAUUGCAUGGAGUUAUUGUUGUGCA